AGACUUGAGUAUUCUGCAAGCUCUCAAAAGUGUGUUGUUCUGUGAAAUUGGAAUUUUGAACUAUACGUUAUUAGUUUAUCAAGUUAAUCUAUUUCUAAGAUAUUUAUUCACUAAAUUAGGUACCAAUUGGUAUUUGAAGUGCGAUUAAUUAACCUAAAGGUUUAUGUUACAAUAUUCUUAAAAUUAGUGAGUAAAGUAUCCAACAUUGUGCCAUGUUGGCCUCCAAACAGCUGUUGACAAGUAACCUAUAAAGUGUAUGACAAGAAAUAUUUUCAAAUUUACAAUUAUUUAUUUACAAAAAUAAUUUUCAAUCAUGGUGUUAGCAGAUUUAGGUCGGAAGAUUACUUCCGCACUGAGAUCACUCAGUAAUGCAACAGUUAUCAAUGAAGAGGUUUUAAAUUCUAUGCUAAAAGAGAUAUGCACAGCGCUAUUAGAAGCUGAUGUGAACAUUCGUCUGGUGAAGAAAUUGCGUGAAAAUGUGCGGGCAGUUAUCGACUUUGAAGAAAUGGCGGGAGGGCUCAACAAGCGACGGAUGAUACAGAGUGCUGUCUUCAAAGAGCUCAUCAAACUUGUUGAUCCAGGGGUGAAAGCUUACCAGCCAGUGAAAGGACGUCCAAAUGUGAUAAUGUUUGUCGGUCUCCAAGGUUCCGGUAAAACGACAACUUGUACAAAACUAGCCUACCAUUACCUCAAAAAGAGCUGGAAGGCUUGUCUGGUUUGUGCUGAUACGUUUCGUGCCGGAGCAUACGAUCAGCUUAAACAAAAUGCCACAAAAGCUAGGAUACCAUUCUAUGGAAGUUACACAGAAGUGGAUCCAGUAGUGAUAGCCCAGGACGGAGUGGAGAUGUUCAAAAAAGAAGGCUUUGAAAUAAUCAUUGUAGAUACCAGUGGAAGGCAUAAACAAGAGGAAUCUCUAUUCGAAGAGAUGUUGCAAGUCUCCAACGCCAUUAGACCCGAUAAUAUAAUAUUCGUUAUGGAUGCCACGAUUGGUCAAGCGUGUGAGGUGCAAGCGAGAGCGUUCAAGGAGAAAGUAGACGUUGGUAGUGUGAUAGUCACCAAACUCGACGGUCAUGCUAAAGGUGGUGGAGCCCUUAGUGCAGUUGCUGCCACAAACAGUCCAAUCAUAUUCAUAGGUACCGGUGAACACAUCGACGAUCUGGAGUCAUUUAAAACAAAGCCAUUCAUCAGCAAGCUGCUCGGCAUGGGAGACAUCGAGGGCCUCAUUGACAAGGUCAACGAACUCAAGCUGGACGACAAUGAGGAGCUAAUCGAGAAAAUCAAACACGGCCAGUUCACGCUCAGAGACAUGUACGAACAGUUCCAGAAUAUCAUGAAGAUGGGUCCCUUCUCGCAGAUCAUGGGCAUGAUCCCCGGCUUCAGUCAGGACUUCCUGCCCAAGGGAAGCGAACAGGAGUCGAUGGCUAGGCUGAAGAAGUUGAUGACGAUCAUGGAUAGUAUGAAUGAUGGGGAAUUAGAUCAUAGGGACGGUGCCAAGUUGUUCAGUAAACAGAACGGGAGGGUUGUGAGGGUGGCUCAGGGUAGUGGGGUGACCGAGAAGGAAGUCAAGGAUCUGAUUUCGCAGUACACCAAGUUUGCAGGCGUGGUGAAGAAGAUGGGCGGUAUCAAGGGGCUGUUCAAGGGCGGGGACAUGGCGAAGAAUGUGAACCAGGCGCAGAUGGCCAAACUGAACCAACAGAUGGCGAAAAUGAUGGACCCCCGGGUGCUGCACCAGAUGGGGGGCAUGAGCGGCCUGCAGAACAUGAUGCGCCAACUGCAGCAGGGGGCCGCGGGGGCGGCGGGGGGACUCAGCAACCUCAUGGGGGGGUUCGGGGGGAAGUCUUGAGGUCCAAUCAACCGUCAAUGAACUGUCUGAAGACUUGUGCAUAACAUUGAUAACAUAUACUUGGAUUGGGGUCUUGUGCACAGUUCACGCGUAUCUCAACAUCUGCUGGUGUUUUCAACCAAACACAAUCUGACCUUUCAUAGUGCCGUCUGCACAGUGUCAGUUCAAACUAAAUUCAAUUUUAAAAACGAUUAAAUCCAUAUCAAGUCUUGUUUGUUAUAAUCUGGUUCUUUUUGAGUUUAAGCCAGCAACUGACUAAAUUCAGUUUAACUUUUGACUGUGCAGACGGACCAUAAUGUGAUAAAUUUCGAGUGUGGCUAGCAGCUUAUCCAAUUCAGUUUAAACUUGAACUGUAACGAAUAAUGAUAUGUAAAGUUCCGGUUAAAUACUAAUCUGAACAGCAGAUGUAUCAAAUCAAACAUCGUAUUUAUUAGAAUAUUGUGAUACAUUUCGAUUGUUUACCAACAGAUUUUUCAAUUUAGUUAAAAUUGAAAAUGUAAAGAAUUAUGGUAUCCACAGUCCAGGUUCAAUUCUAAAGGUGCGUACAGACUCAUUCACCACGAACACGCGCAUUUCACAUUUCAUCAGCUGAUGGUGUACAUAUAUCAGUUUCUCACUGUUUCUGUACGAAUACUGAUAUAAUGAGAAUAGCAUCAUCUAAUGAGAAUAUUGAAAUGCGCGUGUUCGUGGCGCAUGAUUGUGUAGGCCUACACACCUCAAUCUGAACAAACUAAAUUUAAUCAUCUGAUGGUGUAAUCUCAAAAUGAACCACAUUUUAACAAACAAGACUUGAUGUGGAUUUAAUCCAGAUUAAAAUAAAAAUCAAGUUUAAACUGGCACUUUGCAAACGGCACUCUGUGAACUACACAACUAUCAAGCUAACUUUGAUUUAUUGCCUGUGUCACGUUUGAAAUGUCAAUCAUCAGCUGAUACGAUUCAGUUUAAACGUGGGCUGUGCAAAAGUCUCCUGGUCGUCGUUCACAUUCACACAUCGGUUUGUUAUCAUGUUAUUUGUAAUAACAAAGUUUGUACAGUAGCAUCAAUGGUUAUAAUCUAGGCAGUGACUAAAAGUGUAAUAGAGUUACACGUUCACAAAAAAAAUACUUCCAUCGCUGUCAUUACAAUAUUACUUAAAUUGAACAAUUUUCUACUUCUAUCUGGUUAUAAUUAAAUGGUUAUCCUCAAAGACAACGUCUUCUACAACAUUUUCUACUUACUGUAGACUGUGUUAGAGUUUUUACCAGUAUUUGCGCUUUUGAGGUCUAUAAAACACAGUUAUUCGUUAUAGAUUCAUUUUUUCUUGGAAUGAAAAGGAUGAUUGGUACAGUUGUAUGAAUGUUGUAAUCUCAGUGCAAUAAAAUGAAAGCAGUUAUUUCAAUAAUAGUUCUCUCGUAUCUAGUGAUUAUGUUUGAAAUAUUCUUACUGUUUCAAUAAUAUGCAUCUCUGUAACAAACUAUUAACAUCACCACAAUUCUUGAAACAGAAAUCGUCAUAAUUUUUUUACGGCAAGAAAGUUCCAAUCGCUUAAUGUUUCAUAAUCGGGAUUUCACCAAGCUUUAAUUUUAGAUAUUGGGUAUCUGUGAUUACAUUGUAAAAGGUUAUGUGGAUCCAGUGAAAUGAAAAUAAAAUUUUGCAUGAAUUGUUAAUUAAAUUAUUUUUUUAUGACAGGGAAUAAUAAUUAAUAGUUUCUUCUCCACUAAUUUGAAACGUUCUAUUCCAAUGCCAGUUGGUAGAAUAAUAUCUAUAAAUUUAAUUUAUAAGAAUAAAAAUCUACAAUUAAAUAAAACCUAUUAUUUGAAGUAGUAAAAAUAAAAUAAUCACUUCAAUCAAAAUAUAUCGGGUAGGCCUAUCAUGAUUUAUUCAUUCAUAAUGAAAACUUUUGUACUGAAUUUAAUUCAGCAUUUUAACUAAACAUUUAGAGGUUUUCAAAUUUUUCUUUUCCUUUAUGAGCCUCAAAAAAUCGUUUGACCCUCUUGAAUGCUUCCUCUUUUAAGCAUUUUCCUACUGAAAACAGUCUCAAUUACUUUGUGAAUAUUUUGUUUUCAAAGUUUAGAUUUUAUCAAUAAAAUGAAGUCGAUCUUUCAAAACAAAAAGAGCUUGUUAAUAGAAAAAAAUAUUGUUGUUUUAUACCUUAUUGGUAAGAUAUAUUUGUAAUUCGAAUUAUUUUAAUUCAAUUUUUCUGCGUUAAUGAAUUCUAAAUAGCAUUGUCUUGUAAGAGCUGAUGGGUUUCAAAUUGAGUUAUGGCUGGUUUGUAUAUUAUAUAAGUGCAACUUGGUAUGUAAAUCUAUGAAAUUUUUGUUAAUAAAAUGAUAAACAAAAAA